UGUGUCUGGGCUCUGCUUGCUCCGCGGUGCGCUGAUGUGCGGGACUGUGGCAGUUCCACGACGACAAGUCUGCAGGGGUAGGCAGUGCUAGGAGUUAAGUUGCGUUUUGUCGAAUAGUGGCUCGCAUAAAUACAAUAUUUACUAUCGUUUCGUUUGUAUUAUAAUUAUACCGCAGGAGUAAGUAAUUUGAUACACCGGUUCGGAACUGUACAUUCGGAGUCCUUACAUCUACCCGGAAAUAUAUAUGGAACGUACAUGAAAUACUGUUCAUUUUUUGUUUGCCGAAAAUGGCUUUCGAUUUACUGAAGUCAUGAGAUGACGGCCUCGACCGUCUAAUUUUUCCGGGACACUUAUCACUUACAAAGGAACUAUCAGGGGAGUGUGAACUGCAAAUAUAGGUCAGUGGUAUGAAAUACUGUAAUAUGGAGUCUGGUCGACGGAAAGGUCUCAGUAGUGUCCUAUCGUCGUUAUCCUUGCUAUGCGUCGUCCUGGACUUGCAACUCGACGGUGUGUUGGGAGCCACCCCGGUGGAAAUCGAGCACCAUCUUGAAAUGGGCCGUAAGCUGCUGGCAGCUGGGCAGUUGGCAGAGGCCCUGUCCCAUUACCACUCCGCUGUUGAAGGAGACUCUAAGAACUACCUGACGUAUUACAAGCGGGCAGCUGUUUUCCUGGCCAUGGGGAAGUCCAAGUCUGCUUUACCAGACCUGACCAGGGCCAUACAGCUCAAACCGGACUUUCUGGCUGCUCGGCUCCAGAGAGGGAACAUUCUUCUGAAGCAGGGCAGUGCCCUAGAGGCCAGACAGGACUUUGAGGCGGUGCUGCAGCGCUCCCCAGACCAGGCAGAGGCGCGUGAACAGCUGUUCAGGGCUGAGGAGCUGGAGGAGCUGCAGGAUGAGGCGCAUGCUGCACACACCAGCGGAGACUACGUCAGGACUGUCCAAAUCCUGGAGCGGGUCAUAGAGAUUUCGCCGUGGGAUCCCGAGUCCCGUGAGCUCCGCGCGGACUGCUACAUCCGCCUGGGAGACUCUCGGAAGGCCAUCCAGGACCUGACGCCGGCGGCCAGGCUGCGGACAGACAACCGAGCGGCCUUCCUGAAGCUCAGCAGGCUGCACUAUCAACUAGGCGAACACCAGGACUCCCUCAGUCAGGUGCGGGAGUGUCUGAAGUUGGAUCAGGACGAUAAGGAGUGUUUCACCCACUACAAACAGGUGAAGAAGCUGAGUAAACAGAUGGACUCAGCUGAGGACCUCAUCCAAGAGCACAGGUUUCAGGAGGCCAUUGACAAGUAUGAGUCGGCCAUGAGGACUGAACCCAACGUUCCCUACUACACCAGCAAAGCCAAGGAGAGGAUCUGCCACUGCUUGGUCCAGAUUAAGUCGUCUGAGGAUGCAGUAGACGCCUGUACAGAGGCCCAUCAACUGGAUCCACAGAAUCUCCACAUUCUCAAAGACAGAGCCGAGGCCUACAUCCAGCUCCAGGAUUAUGAGAAAGCUGUGGAGGACUACCAGGAGGCUCGGGAGUUCGACCAGGAGAACCAGGAGAUCCGCGAGGGUCUGGAGAGAGCACAGAAGCUGCUGAAGCAGUCACGCAAGAGGGACUACUACAAGAUCCUGGGUGUCGGCAGAAAUGCCAACAAACAGGAAAUAACAAAAGCAUACCGAAAGCUGGCACAACAGUGGCAUCCAGACAACUUCCAAUCAGAGGCAGACAAGAAGGAAGCCGAGAAGAAGUUCAUUGACAUCGCCUCGGCAAAAGAGGUCCUGACGGACCCAGAAAUGCGUCAGAAGUUUGAUGCGGGUGAGGAUCCUCUGGACCCUGAGAGUGGGCAGGGAGGAGGUGGACAGGGAGGACACUGGCCCUUCGGCUUCAACCCCUUCGAGUCGGGCGGCGGAGGAGGAAACUUCCAUUUCAAAUUCACCUACAACUAGUACGAGGACAGAUGGAUUUAUUAUUUUUUGCGCCUUUUUUCAGAAAUGACUGGGACAGACAACAAUCCAAAACGAAAAACAAAAAACUUGUGAAAGGAACAAACUCAGAGGACAGACUGGAGUGUCGUAAUUAGGAAUGGAUUUUUUUUUGCUCUUUUUUUGCAGGUGAAGGAAAUUAAAUUAACAGGGCUUCUGAGAUUUUUAAAGAAUAACAUUCAGUGAGACAGUGGGCCUGUGUCACACUUUUUCUUGUCAAGAUUGCGAGUGCUUGAACUGUACAGAUUGAACUGAACUGACAGAAGCUGUCUAUUCUGUCUGAUGGUCUUCAUCAGUGGAUUAAGGCGAGAGAUCGCGGAAGAUGGAUAGAUGGAUGGACGUAUGUAUAGAGACUUGACAACAAGAAAAGAGAGGAUGAGAGUUUGCCAGCACAGCUAUCUUUUAUUCUGCAUCCUCUUCUUCCUCUUCUUUGUCUUCGGGUCUUCAGUUUUUCAUUCAAAAUCAGUGUGCCAUGUGUUUUUGUAGUAGACAUGUAUACGUGUAUGACACAUAUACAUCUAAUGUAUAUGACAUUUGUAUACAUGUCUAUGUGUUCUACCCUUGGGGUGGGUCACCUCAUUUGUCUUCCAUGGGGGGUAUUUUAAGUAUGUGGUUUAAACGACUAACCUUCAUCCGUUAAUUCAAAUUAGGUGGCAAACUUCCUGAUAUAAGAACCUUAUGGCUUGGUUUUUACUAGGAUGAUAAAGCAACAAGAGUGCUUUAUUAGGUUUACCGCUUACUGUGGGUUAACAUUCCUAUACCAUAGAUACAGAGCACUGGAGGUCAUGUUCAGUCUUUUGGAAUGCGUUCAUACUGGGUGCCGGCCAUCAUUUUAGUACGGUUCCUAUGUUUUACAUUCUAUCAGCAAAGGUGUGGCGUUAUCGCCACCUACAGGCCGAUAUGGAUAUCGCCUUGACGCCAACUGAGGUACAUUAAAACCUAGUUACCCCUGUACAAAGAUGGCCGUGACCAAAUUUACAUAUUUGUUCCAAUAGACAGAAUAGUCAACAAGACACUUGGUGUUCUGUAUACAUCCAUACAAGUAACUAAAGCUGCUUUUCGGAAUGGUCCCCAGGCUUAUAUCCCGUCUGUCUCUGUUUACUGCUAUACCGUGUGCACUUUGCACACUCCACACAAGCACUCCCAGUAACAUGCAGUAGGCAUUGUGUUCUUGCGUUACUCCAAAUGAACAGCACUUUUCUUUUUUAACGUCGCGCUGAUCUUCUUCUCAGCUCAUCUGGGCUUGUCUUUGAGGCAUGCACCCCUCUGUGGGCCAUGCACAUCGUUCAAAGAGCCAGUUGGUGUCAAGAUAUUCCACAGCAGCAGAAAUGUCUGAAAUAAUAACGGAAAAUAUCGAGUGAUGUUUCCCGGACUAGCCUGUUUUGCUGCAGUAGAGCUGCAGUAAAUUCACAUUUCCCUCUGUGUUACGUCAGGCCGGUGUCUUAUCUGGGAGGAAAUAACUCUUGUUGCCAAACAAACGACCAAUCAGUGAAUGGGGGAGAGACAAGGAGGGGGGUGGGGGCGAUGAGUCAUUACCUACAAGCAGAAUACAUCACGUCACGACCAAAUUUUUGCGUUCGGGACGUGUGUUUCAAACUCCAACAGAGUUCAGCCUUCCCUUCAGUGAUGGUCUCUUAAUUCGGUCAUUCCAGACUGGGACGGAUUAUGGCUCCAUCGGCCCCUGGGCCAGACAACAGGAAAGCCCCCCCUUCAUGAGUGUUGAUAGUUUACAAGAAGAUUUAGGGUUUUAGGCUAGAUGUUUGAGAUGGGGGUUGAGAAUGGAAAUAUAGAGGCUUGGGCUUCAGGUCUCUUUGGCUCUUGGGCCCCUGGACCUGGACCUGGUAGGCCCGUGCAGUAAUCCACCAUUGGUUCUAGACCACCUGUCCCAAUGAAAUUAGUUACAGGGUAUAGGAAGACCAGGCUAUUCGCAGACCACAUUGAUGAGCUAAGAGGCUUUGGAGAAGCAAUUAUGUGAUCGAACAUUGUAGUGUUUUGGGCUGUCUUCACAUGUCAAGGUUCAAGGAUGUCUAGAGGUGAACAAUUAUGUGUAUGAUGCCUGUUCAUGCACGUCUGAUGUAACGUCUCAAUGUUUCUAAACAGUUACUGCACCAAUGUUAUGCUUUUUUGGGUUUCUUUGAAUGUGUUUUUUAUCAGUUGACACCUGGUCACAUCUUUUUAUCUUCUCUUUGUUUUUGUCCUUUCUUUUUAACGAAACCACUCCCCAGAACAUAACUCGAAGGACAUUGAACAUAUGACAUUGAAACUGAUUAUGUUACUGGAAUUGACCCGGACACUGUUACAAAAAAUGUUGAAGGUGAGCUUUAAUAGGCAACACAACAUGACACUGACACUUCCAUUCAGACAGAAAACUGUUUUGGUACAUUUCUUUUGCCUGCCAAUCCGACCAUACCAUCGUCUUUAAAAAUUGGCAAGAUUGUAAUUUACUGUCAGUAACACUGUCAAGAAAGUCUAACUUUGAUGGCAAGCUCAUUUGGAGAGGUACAGUAUCUGUAGUUCUUUUGACCCUCUCAGGAGAUCACAUUGAGACAGAUGAUGCUGUGUAGCCUGACUCCCGCCAGACCCUUGCGUAUUUCCGUUCAGCUUCGUUAGCUCACACUAGUGUCUGGAAGACCUUCGAAUUCGCCCUGCUCCCAAAUGCGGAAAAUCCAAUCAGGAUUGCAAGAGUUCCAUAGAUGUGACGUAGUCACAAUUUAAACAUAGCGGAGAAGGGGGGAAAUAAAUGAAACGUAAUAGUUGUUUCGGCAGCAUGGACUCACUCAUCGACAUGUGAUUCUGUAAUUUUAACUGUAUUUUCGAAGCUGUGAGUUGUUAAAGUAUCAGCUCAUAAAAAAACACACCUUCAGAGAACUACUCCUAUAGUGUAGCUCCAGAUUAAUCUUCGUGGAGCAAGGCGGAACCCAUCCAUCUGGAGAGAGUCAGGUUAGAUGCUGUGAUGUCCCAACAAAUUUAUCUUAACAUUUGUGUAAUUUUGAUGUAAGGUACCAUCUUAUGUCUUUCACUUUAUUUUCAACACUCCCUCUUUUUCUUUGUGUUGUUUUUUUUGUCUUCUGUUCUUGUUUUAUCUUUGCCUUGGCCAAACUGAACCUGUUUGAAGAUGUGCUGAUUGUAUUUAAAAUGAACAGAUGAAAAACAAUGAAA